AGAGAGAGAGGGACAGAGAGAAAUACUACAUUGCCAGUCAUUCGCGUUGAUUGAAAAGAUUAAUUGUACGAUUUUUUAAAUUUGUUUUAUAAAAUAUUAUAUAACAAAAAAAUAUGGGAUUCGUACGAGUAAUUAAUGAUGAUGGCCAUUUUCAUGGUGAACUAAUAAAUGCAGGCACAAAGCUUGUUAUUGUAGAUUUUACUGCUACAUGGUGUGGCCCGUGUCAAAGGAUUGCUCCAGUAUUUGAACAAUUAUCUACAAAAUAUCCCAAUGCUAUUUUUUUAAAAGUUGAUGUUGAUAAAUGUGCAGAUACUGCAACUGGGCAAGGUGUUAGUAGUAUGCCCACUUUUAUUUUGUAUCGUAAUAGAACAAAACUUGAUUCUUGUCAAGGUGCUGAUCCUACCAGUUUGGAAUCAAAAAUUCAACACUUUUAUGGAUCUGGUGAUAGUGAUGAUAUUGAGGGAUCAGUUGGUGGACACAUUGAUUUAAAUUCUUUUAUAAUGCAAGCACAAUGUGAAUGUUUAAAUGAAUCAGAUGAUCAUAGUUUUGCUCAUUGUUUAUCAUCACAUGGUGGAUAUUUAGAAAGUGACUGCGAUGAACAAUUAAUAAUAUCUAUAAGUUUCACACAAGCUGUAAAAGUUCAUUCUCUAAAAAUUAAAGCACCAGUAAAUAAAGGUCCAAAGAACUUGAAACUUUUUAUUAAUCAACCCAGAACAAUAGAUUUUGAUAUGGCAGAUUCAAAUACAAGUGUACAGGAUCUUACAUUAACAACAAAGGAUAUAGAAGAAGGGAAUCCUGUACAACUGCGAUAUGUAAAAUUUCAAAAUGUACAAAAUAUGCAAAUAUUUGUCAAAGAUAACCAAAAUGGAAGUGAAACCACUCAAAUUGAUCAUUUAUGUAUUAUUGGCUCACCAAUUUCAACAACUAAUAUGGGAGACUUCAAAAGAGUAGCAGGCAAGAAAGGAGAAAAUCAUUGAAAUUUUUAUUGAUAAUUACAUAUUUGUUAAAUUUGUUGGUAUCAAUUUCAUUUUUUAUAACUUUUAUAUAGACGUCAUUUAGAUGAAAAAUAAAUUCUGUGAUA